CUCAUGUAGAGACAGACGGACAGACAGUGGGCAAUGGGGAGAAAGAAGAAGAGAGGUGCGAGGGGAAGCCUCAAGCCGUCACCUGGCUGUAAUGGAGAAACUGUGGCCGGAGGAGCUCUGGGGGUGACUGGGUACGAGCUGUUGAGACAACAAAGCAUUAGAGACAACAUGCUUAGAAUGCAGACACUUGGCAUUUUGGACCUUUCUCUCAACCUCGCCUCGCACUUUCUUCCUCCCAAGCGUCCCCGGAGGAACCCUCCUCACCACAAACUUUCUCUUCCCUCUCCUUCUCAGCCUCUUCGACGCUCUUCUAGGUUGAAGAGUAUGAGUCCUGUUAGCUAUUCAGAACUACGCCCUAAGAUGAAGAGCCAAUUCUCAAUGGCUCUGAUGAGCAAUGACAGUCAUACACGAAAGGGUUCAAAACCAGAGGUUUAUUCUGAAGAACAUGAGGAGCUAUUGGGUGAUUGCAAGACAAGUUGGACCCUGUUUGUAGAUGGAUAUAACAAGGAGGGGAAACGCAUAUAUGAUCAGGUGAAAGGGAAGACAUGCCAUCAAUGCAGGCAGAAAACUCUGGGUUACCGCACUCAUUGCAGCAAAUGUAAAUUGAUCCAAGGGCAGUUUUGUGGAGACUGCUUAUACAUGAGAUAUGGGGAGAAUGUGAUAGAAGCCAACAAGAACCCUAGUUGGAUUUGCCCAGUCUGUCGAGGAAUUUGCAACUGCAGUUUAUGCCGACAAGCAAAAGGAUGGAUGCCCACUGGUCCUAUGUAUAAGAAGGUUUCAGAACUAGGGUUCAAGUCUGUGGCACAUUAUCUCAUCCAAACACGGCAUGCUAAGACAAGCUCAGAAGACCCUGAUGCUGAAAUUUUGGUUUCUGCAAAGACACCACAGUCCAUGGCUGAUACAGGAGCACAUGCUUUGCAGAUAAUAUCACUUGAUGCAGACACGGAAGCUGAUGGGUGCCCAAAAUCCCAACAUGACAACAAUGAUGAUAACAAAUAUGAAGCUAUUCAAGAGGUGGCAGGGAUAGAAGUGCAUCACUUGGAUGCCAAUGGUGCAUAUGUCAAAGAUGAUGGUAAUGAAGAUGAAAGUAGUGGACUGGGAAUUUGCUUAAACCCUCACAUGGAACCUUCUGUUGUCGACCAACCAUUCCCAAAUCUGCCUUUAGAAGAUUGAAAAACAUCCCAUGAGAUUUUUGAGAUGAAGCACUCUUUUUUGCCAGCAAGAACCACUAGCAGAAUGCAAUUGAUACAAAGCAAGCAAUAUAUGUUGAUUUUUUGCUA